GGCGACUCCAAUAGAACGAAAUGUCAUUUAGCAAACUGAGAGACCUACCAGAACCAUUUGAAACCCUGGAUGACGCUGCACCGAAAAUGGAUGAACUGAAAGUAGAGGACGACGAUCCAACCGUCGGUCCACGCUCAAGGCGUCAUUCUUCGAUUAGCGGCAGACGUAGAAAGCUCUCUACGACAGCUGGAUCGAACUCAAACAAUGAAGUCGGAUUACCACUCGAGCCAGUGAGGAGCAAAAUGAUAGGCGACAAGAGAGAAUACGCCGUCGAGCCAGAUGCAGACGAAGCUGUCAUGAUCGAGAAAUCCAAGAGAUUGGCUGCUUGGGCUGCCGUUGAUCAUUACAUCAAACCAGAACACAAUGUUAUUGCCAUAGGAUCUGGCAGUACUGUUCCAUUCGUUGUAGAGCGCAUUCUACAACAAGGCGACGACGUCAACAAGAAGAGGAAGUUCAUUCCGACGUCAUUUCAAGCAAAAGAGUUGAUCGUAGGAAAUGGUCUCACUUUGGGAGAUGUAGACCAAUACCCUAUUAUUGACGUCGAUAUUGACGGUGCAGAUGAGGUUGACGUAAACCUCAACGCUAUCAAAGGUGGUGGUGCAUGCCAUCUCAGAGAGAAAGUACUGGCAGAAGCAUCAAGGAAAUUCGUCAUUGUUGCAGACUACCGUAAGAACUCUGCUGUAUUAGGUAGCUCAUGGACACAAGGUAUACCCGUGGAAGUCGCACCUUUCGCUUACGCCAAAGUCAUCGUCAACUUGGAGAGAAUAACGGGUUGUCAAUCAGCAAAAUUACGUAUGGGCAAAGCCAAAGCAGGUCCAGUUGUUACCGACAACGGCUGUUUUGUUAUUGACGCUCAGUUCGAUGAGCAGAGGUUCAGUGAUCCUGAAUUGCUUCUCUCAAAAAUAAAGAUGCUAACUGGUAUCAUGGAAGUUGGAUUGUUCUGCGACAUGACAGACGCCGCAUACUUCGGAAAUGUAGAUGGCACGGUGACUAUUAGAAAUGCCGACGGAUCCAUUUACACGCUUAAGCAGCCAGGGGAAGAGCCAGUUCUUAUUAAGGGACCGGAGGACGAAGAGUCCGUAUGAAUGUAAAAUAGUAUAAUAACGAAAUGAAUGAAAGUUUUAUCAUUU